GGGUAGCCGGAUCGGGAAGGCGGUUAGGAAUCGCAAGAAGAAUCAUCGCGACGGACAGACACGCAGCCGCCCGUUCGGGGUUUCCGCAGCCUCAACAACAACAACAACAACCACCGCAACUGCGACAAUGUUGCGCCCCGCUGCCCUGGUCCGGGCAUUCGCCGCCCCGUCGCGGCGGCUGUUGCAGCAACUCCCCGCGUUCACCGUCCCUCUCGCCAGCCGCCGCUCCCUCGCAACAACAGCUUCCUCCACCACGACGACCACAACACCACCACCGCCGCCACAGCAACAACCAGCCUCGGCCUCAUCGCCAUCGUCAUCAUCACCCCAGACCGCGAAGACAGCCCCUGAACCGCAACCAGCCCCACCACAACCCGCAACCCCUUCCGCCGCUGCCGCCGGGGCUACCGGCCGCGCGGCCCUGCCCUUCCACAUCUCCCGCACCCCGUCCAACCGGCUAGCCAUCUACCACCGCUCCAAGCGCGGUGGCAACCUCAAGCAGACCGUGAUAAAGAAGGUGGAGGGCGACCGGGCCGCGUUCCGGGAGCUCCUGACGCAGGCGCUGACCAGCGCGGAGGAGGGGGCGGAGAAGGAGGAGGAGGAGCAGGGGCCGGGGGGGAAGGACACGGCCACGGACACGACCGAGGCCAAGGACAAGGGCAAGAAGGCCAAGGCGAAGGAGUUGGUCAAGUUGAAUCCUGUGACUGGGCAUGUGGUUGUUUCGGGCCAUCGCAGGGUGUGGGUAAAGAACUUCAUUGAGAAGCUGGGUUUUUAGAAAGGGGAUGGGGGGGUUAGACCCAGUGGGAUCGGCCGUUGGGAUGAGGACGGCAGGGAAGCUCUGUCGUCAAGCAGCCGAGGG